AUGGCAGCUACUGCUUGGUCGCUUGUCCUAGUUCUGGUCCUCCUGGUGGACUCAUCCGUCGAGCAGAAUCCCAAGAUCGUCAAGUGGAAUGCCCAAAUAAUAUCGACAGUCCACAGCUUCGGCUACCUCAUCUUCGACCUCUCCGUCGGCACGCCGCCGCAGACCCUCUCCUUGGUCCUCGACAUCACCAGCCAGCUCGUCUGGGCGCAGUGCCGCGAACAAGGCCUCACGCUAGCGCCCACCUUCGAGCCCGAUCGCUCCUUGUCACCCGUCGGCUGCGACGACAGCGCUUGUCAGAACCUCAUCCCCGGCUACAACUGCACCGUCGGCGGCGACGAGCAGUACUGCAAGUACCGGCGCGGCGCCAUGUCCGGCUACCUAGCCACGGAGACGUUCAGCUUCGGGACAACGUCCGUGAGCGGCAUGGCGUUCGGCUGCAGCGACAACGUCACGGUGUGGGGCCUCAACGGCGCCUCCGGCUUCGCCGGGUUCAGCAGAGGGGCCCUCUCCCUCGUGUCCCAGCUCGGCGUCUCCAGGUUCUCCUACUUCAUCGCGCGCGCCGGCGAUAACAACGCCGACCACAACAGCUACCUCAGCUUUGGCGACGUGGACGCCGCGCCGGCCAUGGGCAACAACAGCACGCCGCUGCUGGCGGCCAUGAAGAACCAGGAAAGUCAUCUCUACUACGUCAAUCUCACCGGCUUUCAGGUAGACGGCGAGCUCCUUGCCGCGGUCCGGGCGGAGACCUUCGCCGUCCGGGAAGACGGCUCCGGCGGGGUGUUCCUGAGCACCACCCUGGCGGUCACCUUCAUCCAGGAGUCAGCAUACAAGGUCGUGAGGAAGGAGCUGGUGAGCAGGAUCCGGUCCCAGGGCGUAGCUCCGGUGGACGAGACGGCCGACGACGACCUGUGCUUUCUGACGGAGGAGUUCCACAAGGUGAAGGUUCCCAGUCUGGCGCUGGUGUUGGACGGCGCAGGCGCGGCCAUGGAGCUCAGUGUCGACAACUACUUCUUGGUGUACGGGGAUGAGCAGACGUGCCUCACCAUACUGCCGUCGCCGACUGGCCGGUCCGUCCUCGGCAGCCUGCUGCAGACGGGCAGGACGAUGACCUACGACAUCCAUGACGACAAAGGCGGCCGGCUGACAUUUGAGCCCGUGGUGGCAGAUGCCCCGGCGCCGGCGGAUGCGGGAGCCACCGUAGUGCUGCUGGCGCAUCCGUUGGUCGUGAUCACAUUCACAGCCACUCUUGUGGCCUGGGUGGUCGUCUUCUAGGCUAGCUAGCUGUAGAUCAAGCGCCAAUAAUCCUCUAGCCGUGUGUUAAUUAGUCUGUCUGUCACGUCACUUUAGCCGUGUGUUAUAUAGUGUUAAUGAGUAUGUCUGUCACGUCACUUUAUCUGUAUAUGUGUGUUACUUACCAAGCAACCUAUAUAUCAUAGCUAGAGAGGAUUCAAGUCUUGUUGUCUUUUGCUCUAGGCAUGCAUUAUAAUCUCGGGCGU